AGUCCCAACUGAAAUAAGAUUAAUGACUGACAAAAAGAUCUGUCGAAUUGUACCUGACAUUACUUGAGUCAGGCUCUGAGAAAAAGAGAGACAUACGUUUAGUAGUAGUUGGAAAGAAAGGGGCAGGAAAGACUUCAUUGAUUAAAAGAUUGUUUGGUGAAGAUAAUACAGAUGUUACCAGUACGAAUGGAAUAGAAAUUCACAAAAUAAAAUGCAAAGCAAAAUCUAAUGAUGGAAUAUGGAAUAAAUUAGAUGGAAACGAUGAAGAAACUGAAACUCAUGCAAGACUAUUGAAGGAAUACGAGGAAAAACUUCAGAACAAAGGAACAAUAGAAGAACCAGUAGAAUCUAACAUUGCUAUUAAGGACAAGACACCAGCAACAAGUUUUGAUGAAUCAAAGAAGUCAGGGACAGUAUAUAAGCAGCCUAAAAUAAUAACAUCUCUAGUAACCACUGAAUCUCAAGUUGAACCUCCGGUAACCACUGAAUCUCAAGCUGAACCUCCAGGAACCACUGAAUCUCAAGCUGAACCUCCAGUAACCACUGAAUCUCAAGUUGAACCUCCAGUAACCUCGCAGCAACGAAACCAAUCAUUAGAACAUGCAACAAGGGAUAUUGAAACUAUGCUUAAAUCUAAUGUUGAUUUACAUGACAAAGAGGAGUAUGCCACAUUACUGUUAUGGGAUUUUGCAGGAGAUGAAGAAUUUUACCACACACAUCAAACUUUUUUAUCACCAGAUGCAAUUUAUAUUGUUGUUACAAAACUGAAUGAGGCUGACGACAAAAAAGCAAAAGAUUUAUUCCAAUUGUGGAUGGAUUCAAUACAUUGUUACAGUAGACUGGAAGAGGACAUAAAUAAAUCUGAUGCCAGCAAGAGAUCAUCAUAUGAUCUUGAUCCACCUGUAGUUAUUGUUGGCACUUGGAAAGAUGCCUUGGUCUGUGAUGUAGAAGAGAUUGAUGAUGCAUGCAGAGAAAAUAUUUUAAAGUAUACGGAGAAUAUAUCAGAAGAUGAACUAGGACAUAUAAGGCAAGAAUAUUUCAUUUCCAACACAGAAGAUGAUCCCAGUGUAUUCCAGCAAAUACGAGAAAACAUCCUUAACUUAGCCAGAAAAAUGAAAACAUGGAACAAAGCAUAUCCUUUAAAAUUUAUUCAGCUGGAAAAACAACUUCAAGAAAAGAAGAAGGUGUUACCUAUAAUCUCCUUUCAGGAAAUUCAGAAAAUUGCUUUUGAUUCGCCACAGCCACUUAAUGAUGAAGAACUCAGAUUGUUCCUGGAAUUUCACCAUGAGAUCAGAGCUUUAGUUCAUUUCAAAGAUCUUCCCUCUUACAUUAUUUUAGACACACAGUGGUUGUCAAAUGCUUUUAGAUGUAUAGUAACUGCAAAGAAAUUUCGAGACAUUAGUAUCAGAAAUAUAAAAAAUGGGAUGUAUUGUACAGUAGAGGCAAAUUAUAUAGUGAGGUUUUAG